AUCACAAAGCCAACACCACGCAUAUCGCAUAUCUUCCAUCUUCCAAAGAUCUCAAGGAAUUGUCGAAUCUUCCAAGAUCUCUGGACCCUUUUGGGCCAAUCUCAACCAGUCUAAAAGUCUACAUGAAGAUCGAGCCAAUUACUGGCGCUGGUUGCUGCCAAGGGUUCUUGGGCCAGGUUUUGCUGUUAGCAGAUGUUCAGGCAACAAUACUAGUAGCGGUAGCGGUACUGCCUACGUAUGGAACAAGAAAAAGUUCAUUCAGGCUGUCUUGUAUCGUUUGCUCGGCUGCUUCUUCAGGCCAGACGACAGUUUCCUUUCGAGAGCCAAAGUCCCCAGGCAACUGGUACGGUACUUUCUUUCCCAUAGUGUGUUAGGCUGCAGAGGCUUCGUGGAGAGUGGUACGAGGCAACGAUGUCAGGGAGCUUUGUGCUGGUAGAGAACGGAUGAUGAUAAACUGCAUGUGGGAUGGACCAGGUACCGGUACCCACCGGUACGGUAGUAUUUCUCUCAGAAACUGGGAUACUUUUCGGUAUCAUACGGUAAUGCUUGUACUGUAGCAGGCACAGGUACCGGGUAACAGGUGGUACGAGUAUACCGGUAGAAGCCCACAAGGCUGGAAAAGGAAAACCAGGUUUCCUUCAAAAUUCUUGUCCAACGGCCCAACAAGCUGCCAACUGCCAACACCCAACAACAGUGACAAUACCGGUACGAACGAGUAGACGUCUAGCUAGUGGUACCGGUAUCUUCGGUGGGUACCAAUAGCUGUACCAUUGUCUCCAAAGCCUAUUAAAGUAGCUUGCUGGCACUUGACAGAAUUUAGAAUGGCAAGAAAGUGCCAAUGGCUCGCUGCGACGGUUCUCUCUUGUGGGUUUUUCGCACACUUGUUUCUGGAUCCACUGGGUGGAUCGUUUCGCUCCGAUUGCGGUCACACACUCCACAAUCAUGUGGCCAACAGCAGUGAGACGAGAGAAUUAGUGUUGGAAGAAGAAGAAGAAAAGCGCUAUUGUCAAUGGACCGUAGUGGCAGGUGAUUCCAACAAUCGCAUGGCAUUUGAAGGGUGGGUCGGGCUGGAAAAAAGAAUCAAAGAUGGCCGUAUCAUUCAUCAAGCCAACCGCUCGGCAAUGCAGUACGAAUAUUCCAACACUGGACAUCAUUGUAACUUACGGUGGGCCGACAAGGAACUGCUCAUUAUAUUCCCCGACGCAAGCUCGUACCAGCACAAAUGUCAUAUUAUCUCUUCGCGCUUUAUGAUUGACCAACGACAGUCAUUGGCUCGACUGCGCGCCAAUUUGACCAAUUCAUCCUACUGUGGGAGUGAGCUGCAGCCAAUACCAUUGCCUAACGGAUACGAGCGACCUCCUCAGCCCGACAUGGUGUGGUACACGCACGGUUUUUGGGCUCUGCAUAAAGAAAAGCGCACGGAUUGCAACGAACGGUUUGGUCACGUGGUAGAUGCCAUGUUGGAAUGGAAGCACCGUAUUAAGCGUGUCAUUUGGCAAACAGCCUUUGAAAUCAAUUAUCAUGCCGAAUUCGACAACUCUAUCAUUGAAUGGGACUACAAAUGUCAAAAGAAAUUGGCCAGUCAAAAUGGCAUUGAACUUGCUGAUAUCUUCACCAUUGUCCAUGCCGCGGAUAGAUCCAAGGCCGUCCAAUACAAGGACUGCCAUUUGAAUCCAGGCCAGUAUUUGAUUGCUCAUCAAUACAUGGAUCGAUGUUGUGGUGGGUGGGAAAACUAUCUCGGCAUGAAAUAAAUAGAAUGGAAGGAUGGUUACUUGGCUGUUUUAUUUAUUGCCAAGUCCAAUGAUAUAUCAUGGCUCCAGUGGUGGAUCUCCAAAAAACAAAUGGUGUCGGUGCUUUGAUCUCCUACUGUACACAGCUACAGCAACAACCAAACCAGGGACCGCUGCCAUUAAUACCACUGCAUAUGUACAGUGCAGUUAGAGAGAAAGUAAAUAACAAAGUUUUGUCUU